AUGCGUGAUUGUAACGAAAUACGAGUGGUCGUGCCGAUUAAUAUUGCACUCAUCAAAUAUUGGGGCAAACGAGAUGAGGUGUCCCAUAAAUUUCUUCGCUUAAAAAUUAUGUUAACUUAUGAAAAUAUGUUGCCAUUAAAUGAUUCAGUUUCGCUUAAUAUCGAUGAAAUGUAUGCAGAAACAUUGGUGCGUGUGAAUUCGUUGAUUAACGACGAUUCUGUUUCAGUAAAUGGAAUAUCGAUAGAUUUAACAGAAAAUUUACGAUAUAAAAGAUGUUUUUCGGUAAGUUGCAAGAUGCUUGAAGUUAGACGGUUGUUGCACGAAAAAACAAUUUCUACGAGCUGUGACAUCAUUGCAUUAAAAUUUGAGAUUAUUUCUGUAACUAAUUUUCCUGUUGGAGCAGGUUUAGCUUCCUCAGCUGCUGGUUUUGCAGCAAUUGCAUACGCUUUCGGAAAAUUAUUUAAUUUUAGUGAUAAAGAAAUUGCUUAUAUUGCUAGAAUUGGCUCCGGUAGCGCUUGUCGCAGUAUUUUUAGUGGAUUUGUCCACUGGAAAGCAGGAAACCUUAACGAUGGUUCUGAUUGUUUAUGUGAGGCGAUUGCUUCUAAAGAACAUUGGCUCUCAAUCCGAGCUUUAAUUCUAAUUACUUCUCACGAAGAAAAAACAGUUAGUAGCAGUGAAGGAAUGAGAAGAAGUACAUUAUGUUCAGAUUUACUUCGGUUUCGAGCAGAACAUAUUGUGCCUGAACGAGUUGAAAGGCUGAAAGAAGCGAUAUUGGCGAGAAACUUCGAAGCAUUUGCCCAUAUAAUUAUGAAAGAUAGCAAUCAGUUGCACGCAGUUUGCAUGGAUACAUAUCCUCCAAUCAAAUAUUUAAAUGAAUCUUCAUGGAAUUUAAUAAACCUUGUGGACUGUUUAAACAACUAUUUUAAACAAUCUCGUGUCGCGUAUUCAUUCGACGCAGGACCAAACUGUUGUCUUUUCAUGGAAUCUAAUUUCGUACCAAUUAUCUUAGUAGUAUUAAAGAAAUUUUGUAAUCUUUCUGAUGAUAUUAUUGAACGAAUUACAAGAAGUGGUGUAAUAGACUGCGAUAAUUUAAAGGAACAAAUUAAAAACAUGGAAAAAUAUUUAGAUCUAAAUGAAAUUAAGCCAGUCAGUGUUGUAGUUAAAGACGCAUAUUUGAGCUGCGUUGGUACUGGACCUCAUGUAAUUGCUCAGAAAUAA